CGCUGUCAGAAAUGCAGGCUCGUGUUUGUAUUGUCGUAUUGCUCAACAUGGCGGAGCCUUGUAGACGUGCACUGCGACUCUUCUUGGCUAGUUUGGGGCCCCGAAGGACAUCAAAGUCAUUCAAGCUUAUUUGCCAACGGAACGCAAGCCAAGCUCAAGGUUGCGAUGCUAGGAAACUUCGUGCUAUGGUUGUGGGUCUGGGUAAUCACAGUCUCCCGGACACUCGACACAGUGUUGGGAUGCUUGUGGUGGACUGUCUGGCCAGACAUUUGGGAGCCAUUUGGCAUUUUGACCGUAGAUCUAUUGGUCACUUGGCUGUGACAACUGUGGAUGAUCAGGAGAUUAUACUGUUGAAACCUACUGUGGCAAUGAAUAUAAAUGGAAGGAGUAUUGCAAGAACAGCUGCAAUGUACAACGUCAACCCAUCCAAUGUUAUUCUUGUACAUGAUGACCUUGAUAGACCUGUGGGAAAAUAUAGUUUGAAACACGGAGGAAGUGCUGGGGGACACAAUGGAGUGCGAUCGGCCAUUGCAUCUCUGACCUCAGAUACCUUGAAGAGGGUGCGAGUAGGGAUAGGAAGGCCAGCUAAAAGAGAUCAUGUGACAGAUUAUGUUCUAAGCGAGUUUGAACCAACAGAGAUCCCUGUUGUGCAGGGCACAGUGGAGAAGUGCUGUAAGGUCCUCAUCGAUGAGCUCCAGCUAUUUAGGACCCAAAGCAAUGAUACCAAGGAUACAGAAAACAGUGAAGGAGCUAGAGUUCAGUAUCACACGCAACAGCAGUCAGUUCUAUAACAAAUUCUAAUAACAUGGUAGUUGUGGUACUAACAUGCCUUCUUUUUUUAUUGACGUUGUGUAGAGUACAUAUUGUAUGCUGUAUACACCCUGGAUAGGUGUUAUUUAUAUGUUUCUGUUACUGUCAAACACAGAAAUUUCCAGUUUUGUGAGUUACAGGCACUUUUACUACAGGAAAACAAUGAAAGUUUGACCAAGUUUGAGAGGAGUUGGGAAUGCAAUGUUAGGCUUUAUAUUAAUUCAGUCAAAUGCAGUUCUGGCUGCAGGGAUUGUUUUUGAACAUUAACUGAAGUUGCAGAUUUAAAGGUCUUUGAAUGUACUGUACAGUUAUUGUACCAUUUGAAUUAGCUGGCUUUUUUCUCCAAAUCUCUUUAUUUAGAUGGUAAUGACUAAGAUUAAAAGAGGAGUACUUUACUAGAUAAAUUUUGAUGGCCUAUCAAUUAAUUUAUUUACAAGGAAUAUUUUAUUAUCAAAAUAACUGAAGAUAAUUACUAUAGAUAAAAAUCAGGACAGUUUGAUGCCUGUCCCCAAAUCCAGUCAAAUUGUUGAAAGAUCAACAGGAAUCUUUAUUUGUAGUACUCAGAUAUUACUAUUUAAUAAAUUAUUUACAGAAUAAUUGGAAAAAAAUGAAAAUCAAGCAGAGUAGUAGUGUCCUCCGCAGCCGUUUUUUGAAUGUUACCCAACGCUCUGGGGGAGCAUUGCAUGACAGCCUUUUUUUGGGGGGGGGGAGCAUUGCAUGACAGCAUUGCGUGACAUCUCC